AUGAUUGUUCUAGAAUGGCUAUUCCUCACAAUUGCUCCUUGUGAUGCAGCGGAACCAUGGCAAUUAGGAUCUCAAGACGCAGCAACACCUAUAAUGCAAGGAGUAAUGGACUUACAUCACGAUAUCUUUUUCUUCCUCAUUCUCAUUUUGGUUUUCGUAUCACGGAUCUUGGUUCGCGCUUUAUGGCAUUUCCACUAUAAAAAAAAUCCAAUCCCGCAAAGAAUUGUUCAUGGAACUACUAUCGAGAUUCUUCGGACCAUAUUUCCUAGUAUCAUCCCGAUGUUCAUUGCUAUACCAUCAUUUGUUCUCUUAUACUCAAUGGACGAGGUAGUAGUAGAUCCUGCCAUUACUAUCAAAGCUAUUGGACAUCAAUGGUAUCGGACUUAUGAGUAUUCGGACUAUAACAGUUCCGAUGAAGAGUCACUCACUUUUGACAGUUAUACGAUUCCAGAAGAUGAUCCAGAAUUGGGUCAAUCACGUUUAUUAGAAGUGGACAAUAGAGUGGUUGUACCAGCCAAAACUAAUCUACGUAUUAUUGUAACACCUGCUGAUGUACCUCAUAGUUGGGCUGUACCUUCCUCAGGUGUCAAAUGUGAUGCUGUACCUGGUCGUUCAAAUCAGACCUCUAUUUCGGUACAACGAGAAGGAGUUUACUAUGGUCAGUGCAGUGAGAUUCGUGGAACUAAUCAUGCCUCUAUCGUCGUAGAAGCUGUUCCUAGGAAAGAUUAUGGUUCUCGGGUAUCCAAUCAAUUAAUCCCCCAAACCAACCAAACCGGGGAAGCUUAA